AUGCCCAAAGCGCGUUUCUUGGACCUCGUCCUCCUGGAGGCGAGCAUUUUUGGUGUAAAUCAAGGCUACACUGGAAAGUACAUCGGUCCACGCUCAGCCUGGACACUGGGCAUCCUUAAUCUUUGCUACAGCCUUACGUUAUCGUAUUUAGUGAUAACUGGGAAGAAUUCCACCGACCUGUGUGCCAAUGCUAUACUUUCCAUACUCUUCUGCCUUUUACUCGCACAAUUCACCAAAAUUGGCUCUACGUACACAGUUUCAAUUCAAAGUGAGUUGCAAUUAGUUGAUCCUUACAAAUCACUCAUUUCCUCUUCCAGAGUGGAAAGAAUCACGCAGUAUUGCGUUAAAGGAUACAAAAUUCAGGUGGAAGCUGAUCGAUUUGUUGCGGCGAUAGACGAAAUCGAUCCACUGGAUUUUGAGAAAGACGAAUCUUUCACGGAGUUCCAGAUUUUUCGGAGACAGGUCAGGCUCAGGAUGCUACGUUUCGACUGCCAUCGUUUCCUGAAGUUAGACGCGAAUCUGAUUAUUCGGAAACUGAAGUACGUCAUCGCAGUGGUUUUGAUACUCGUUCAAUUCACGAAUCCCGUUGAAAAUCGAGUAUCAUCGGAAACAGCCAACGCAACCGAGGCGGUCAAUCUCACUCUUAAAAUCCUCGAUCACAUUUAGGUAACGUAUCGUGUGCGUGAUAAAAUUUUGAUCACCCUUUCUUCUCGCCUCUAUAAAUUACUGGACGAUGAUAGCCGUCGAAAGUGUAAAGUUGAAUGAAUUUUUUUACAACUCUGGUGUUUCAUUAAAGAAAAAGAAAAAUUCGUGUAUAUCGCGAGGAAGCAAGCUACCGGUGACUCACUCGCUGUAUUUAUAUGUCACCGAACCUCGUGAAUCACUUGCUC